AUGUCAGCACUCCCCACCCUGGCAGCUUCCAACAGCAGCACCUCAAUGGCCCCCACCUUCCUGCUGGUGGGCAUGCCAGGCCUGUCAGCUACUCCCUCCUGGUGGACGAUACUCCUCAUCACUGUCUACCUUUUCUCUGCCCUGGGCAAUGGUAUCAUCCUCUGGAUUAUUGCCUUGGAGCCCACCCUGCACCGCCCAAUGCACUUCUUCCUCUUCCUGCUCAGUGUGUCUGACGUUGGUUUGGCCACAUCCCUGAUGCCCACCCUGCUAGGUCUUGCUCUUGCUGAUGCUCACGCUGUCCCUGCCUCAGCCUGUCUCCUGCAGAUGUUCUUUGUCCAUAUUUUUUCUGUCAUGGAGUCCUCUGUUUUGCUUGCCAUGGCCUUCGAUCGGACACUGGCCAUCUGCCGCCCUCUCCGCUACUCAGCACUCCUCACGAAUGGUGCCAUUAGCAAGAUAGGCCUAGCUAUUGCUUUCCGGUGCCUGGGUCUUCAUCUGCCCCUGCCAUUCCUCCUGGCCCACAUGCCCUACUGUCACCCACAGAUCUUAACCCAUUCUUAUUGCCUGCAUCCAGAUAUGGCCCGUCUGGCCUGCCCAGGAGCUUGGGGUGCAGGCUACAGCCUCUUUGUGGUCUUGUCAGCCAUGGGAUUAGAUCCCCUGCUCAUUUUCUUUUCCUAUGGCCUAAUAGUCAGGGUGUUGAAAGGGGUGGGAUCCAGUGAGGAUCGCUGGAAGGCUGGUCAAACCUGUGCCGCUCACCUUUCUGCUGUACUCCUCUUCUACAUACCUAUGAUUUUCUUGGCCCUCAUUACUCGUCUGAAGUUGCCAAUCCCACAGCAAGCCCAUACUCUUCUGUCCUAUAUCCACUUCCUGCUUCCUCCAUUGAUAAACCCUAUUCUCUACAGUGUCAAGAUGAAAGAGAUUAGAGAGAAGAUACUCAAGAGAUUGCAGCCCAGGAAGGUGGGUUGUACUCAGUGA